AUGGUUACCUCCCAGCCCGUCGAACUUACUUUCCAAGCCUACCGGCAAAGCCUUCCGACUACCAUCUCCGAGGCGGAUGCGUACCAAGGCUAUCUUAUAGAUAAGAAACGGAUAAACGGGGAGGCCGUGUUGGCAAAGGCCGAGCAGCUUGAAAAAGAGAAGCAGAAGACUGUGCGUAUGCAACAAGGACUUCCAGCCAGAUGGGGAAAGGAAAUGAAAUGGUGGUCACCAGAAUUCUCGUCGCUUUUUCUCACCCCGCUCUCGACCGCCCUUGGUAUAUUCACGGGCCUCACCGUCAUACGCGUCGCCCACGACAAUCCUCAGCGGUAUGUUACGCUUCUUUGGGGAUAUCAGAAAUGCUUUGGCAAGAUGCGCGCGGUAUGGGUGUUGCGGAGGGUAUGGAGAUGGAGAUGGAGGAUGAUUAGCGCAGGCCUGAAGUAUAUCAAGGAAAUGUCACAUAAAAAUCUCGAAUUACACUUCCGACCCCUAGUUUAUGAGGGAGGCGUUGUCGGCGAGGGCGGCUGCGUAGAAUUCGCCGAUAUGGGCGAGGGCGGCGCCGACUCCUCAACGCUUGAAACGCUCGAAGCCCGGCUAGCCCCGGAGAAAUCCCCGUCGACGUUGACUCUUGCGGAAACAAAACCGAGGCAGGAGGCACAGCUGCUCUAA